AUGACGAUUCAAAUGAAUGUAUCAGCGCAGCAGCCCGUGGAACUGGCGGAUUCGGGAUCAGCUGAAAGCUCUUUGACAGCAGGUCGAAACAACGUGCCUACAGAUUAUAUCUCGGCAUUAGAACAAUAUGGAAGUCUUAGUUGUGCGUCGGAUAUGUCACGUUGUGACAAUAAUGCGCGAUCGGCGUACGGUAACAAUUCCGCAAUCAAUGAGUCUUGGGGACUGACACAUUCGAACUACGAAGGGACACUUUACGCUGCAUUUGAACCUUCAUUAUGUUCAGUGGAAUCAGAUGUUUUAGGCCGGUGCGGUAUACUAUGCAACCCCGAGGAACCGGUAUCCGUGCCACCAAAUAGGAGGUGCGAUGCCUGUCUAGGACCGGUUGACUGUUACGGUUGGAAUUGUAUAGGGUGUGGUAUCAUAGUACACGAUCUAUGCUAUAUUUCACGUGAGGAACAAAUGAAAUUGUUGGAGAAGUUGAAAUAUGGUAGAUGCAAUAUACACUCUACUGAUCAUCGAGAAAACUACGGUGAUAUGUCUAACUAUAAUGAAGUCUCACCAAAAAACGCGCAAAAGGAUCAUAAUAACGCGUUGUUGGAUGAAUUUAAAUUCACUUGUGAUGUUUGUUCAGCACAAGGGACGAAAGGAAAUCCGAAAUGUGCAUUGUGUGGACUAUCGGGAGGAGCAAUGAGAUAUUCGAGGAAAGAAGACCUGUGGGUACACUGCAGCUGCGUGGUAUUCGCACCACCUGGGAGUGGUGUAUUCUUCAAGGCUCCGUUCCGUAUGCGGAAUCCAUGCGGAAUGCGUGCUAUAGCGACAAGGACUGUGAACCCGACGAGUACCAAAUGCGACGCUUGUGGAUCUGCAAAGGGAUUGUUGGUGAUGUGUUCGUUCGUCAGAUGCUCCAGAAAGUUGCAUGUGAGGUGUGCCUUGUUUCUUGAAGGAUAUAAUGGUACGGCAUUCUCUGACCAUGUGUACUACAAGACGGAUGAACGCCCACAAUAUAGCACUUUCCUCGGAGUAUUCUGUGCUGAACAUUCGACACAGGAUUGGGUUGCCAUAGGGAUUAGGAUGCAUCUGAGUAGAUGUCAUGUCAUACGGGAAAGCAACGCAAGUAGUUAUAGGAAAUAUCAUAAUGAGGUGGCAGAUAUGGUAAGAAUGACCUCUGCGGUAACAACUGCUGCAAUGAGGGAAGACUGUGGCGAGGCUGGCGCGCACAGUAUGUCGGAGCUAUCCAUGAAAGUGGAACCCUGCGUUAGCUUACCGACUCAGAUAGAUAGACAUGUGUCAAUAGACUCUAAUGAAGGCGACCACGGUUACACGCAGAACUCACUCGAUGAGUGGAAAGAAUACUUCAUGGAGCCACGUGACGAACGUAUGAACAGUGGAAGCAUAGUUGCCAUUCAAAGAUUGAAGAGCGAUGAAAUAGAUAUUGACCUGCCCAUUAGGGCAACAGUGCCAUCUGACGUCCUUCCAGUUGUAGAAAUGCAUCCAGGUCAUGGUGAUGGUAACGUGGACGGCGGAGGAUCACAGUUCAGAGGACAACGAAUGAUAUGGCAGAAGUUUGAUAUUUUCAGACCGAUACUUUACGGCCCCGCUGCAGAUCUACUGCUGAAAAACAUGGACGCUGCUUCGCAAAAGAAGAGUGCAGAUGAAUGUCCUAGCCUGGAGAGCACUGUUUUGGCAUGCUCCGAUUUCCUGGACCCACAGGAUCUCAGUGAUAUGUUCCUUCAGCAGAUUCUCUACGGAUGCACCGGUGUGAUGUCAUUUCUUGCAGCACUAAAGACAAACCUUGAUCGUGAAGUACAGUCCUCGUUGAAAGCUAAUUCUUCACCUGUGAACAAUGAUAGGAAGCAUGCCCGUUUCCACGUGCUUGUAGACACUGGGAGAACAGCCGGAAUAGCCAUUUUUAGAGUAAAUAAGUGGUUACUAGAGGUACUUAAUGAUGACGCUAUUCUGUCGGAACGCUGCGAAAAACCUGCGCUAUCCGCCGCUGGCAUGGCACUUGAUGAAGAGGUACGUCACUUCCUCUCACACGUUAACAGUGAGAUGUCUAAAAGCACAUCAGCAGCGCACGCAUUCUUAUCGCCAAACGCAAAUGGUAACAAGGAAGUAACUCUUUUGAGUGGAUUCGCUGAAUAUUGUCUAAAGGAGGAUGUGCGUCAGUUGCAUGCGGCGGCCAAUGCUGCUAGCUCUGACAGUGAUGCGAUGCGACUACGUAGGAAACUGGUAAAAAGAGGAAAGUACGAUCCAUCUCUCAAGAAUAUGGCCGUGGAAGAUUUUAUCGUUUUGUCCCCGCUGGAAAGUGAACUGCUACGCCGGGGUAUACUUGAAAUGAGUUAUAUAAACGAAACUAAUCUGAAAGUUGCGGUAAUGAAGGAUACCGUUGAUGCUGCUGCAGGUGUCAGUUGUUUGCAAAUGCUCGAUUGGAACACGGUGCUUUCAAAAGUAAGACGCAAUCCACGCCAAGCUGUCAAUACCGGUAAGAGUGGUUCAAAGUCGACUGGGACUCGCAGCUCUCAACAUUCCAAAGGUAGCAGAGGUGGGGAUAGCAACGCUAGCACUCACGGCGCUACUAAGGGGGGAUCGACACCCCGAUAUUCCGCCACUACGCCCCCCGCUAACGUUGGCGUAUCCACACCCACAAGUAACCCCGCAGUGACUCUGCCACCGGUGCCUAUGGUGUACCUUGGGAAACAAACUUGGCCUGUUGUUGACGAUGAGAAUUUUGUGAGGCGCCAAAAGGAAAUAACUGAGCGGGAUCUAACAGUGGUUUCAUCUCAGUUGCGAACAUUGCGUGAGAACAUCAGAGAGAACGUACUUGAAUUGAAUUCACGGCUACCCACGAUGAACGAUCGAUUGGGAUACACUUCUAAGUUGUUGGAUCAAUAUGAAUCUAUGGAAAGAUGGAGUACUCUCCUGAUUAACUUUUGCCGUGGUCUCUGCGACUCUGCGGACUCGAAAACUCCAUCAUCGUCUUCCACACCUAAACCUCAGGUACCCGUAGUACUGGGUUCUAGCACUUCGGACGCUCGCAGUGCUGCGAUGAAGGCUGAGGGUAUCACGGAAGGUGCAUAUUGCAAUGUUUGUUUCAUCAACACGGGCAACAACCUCAAUCCCAUCUACACGUGCUCCCGAUGUUUUAUGUCCACGCAUCGUAAUUGUUACGGAGUGAAUCGUAAUGCUAAACCUGGCUACAACAAUGAUUAUAUCUGCCGUCGCUGUGAGUAUGAGCGGCGUACCAUGGGUAGCCAGUGGCAAACGGCGUUCCGUAGCUGCAGCAUAAUAUGUUGGAUAUGUGGUCGUGGAGGUGGCGCAUUGAAACGCUGUGCAGUAGAAGAAUGGGCUCACAUGUUUUGUUUGUUGUCCUUGAUGCCGGAGACUAAAUGUAACAAUUACAUCAUGAUGGAACCCUGGAGCUUGGAUGGUGUGGCGCAAUGGCGUAGCGAGGCUCUCUGUGCCGUCUGCUGUGUAGCCUGGGGGUAUGUGAUGCGAUGCGUCGACUGUGAAGUAACAGCGCACCCACUAUGUGCAUGGCUGCACGGUUUCAAGUUCAUUCCUACGUCGUCGAUUGGUUACAGGUCAUAUGUUAAGAAGGGAAAUGUGCUCAUGCGGGAACUUCACGUGCGCAUACAGUGUAAUGGGCACGACAGUGACAGGAAAUGGCAGCAGUUCGUUUCUACACGCAAUAAACGUUUCCUCAACAGAGACACCGCGUACUAUCUUUUCGAGAACCGUGACAAGCGACGCAAGUCUCGCGCACUGGUCAUGGAAGGAAUGGCGUCCAUAGAGGCCAUGGACUUGGGACAACUUAGGAGCGACAUAUGCGAACAGAGAACAGCCGCUACAGAACGUCGCUGUGGCGUCUGCUUUGGCAUGGGUGCUCUCGCUGUCUGCACUCAAUGUGGUACGCACGCGCAUUACUCGUGUUACGUGGAAAGCGAUUUGGAUGCUUCUAAAGGAAGGGAAUCGACUGUUACGACAUCGAUCACUUCCUUUAUAUGUGACGUUUGCCGUAACUCUGACCAAGGUGCGCAAUGUGCAAUAUGUCUUGUUGACACUGGUUUGUUGAAGCGAAUUCCAAUUGGGGGUCCUGAUGGUGACAAACAGCGCCGUUACAUGCAUACAAUUUGCGGUGUGUGUUUCCCUGAGGCUCUGAUUGCUAUUUAUCGAGGUAAACCUGUGGGUGGUUCAACAAAUUCCGAAAACGGGGAGAGCGGUGCAUGUCCAAUAUGCCACUCAAGUGAAGGUCUGAUGGUAUCAUGUUGCAAAGAAGGGUGUAAGGUGAAGUUUCACGCUAAUUGUGGUAUGGAGAACCGUUUCGUUGUUGAGUCACACAGUGUCGACCUUUCUGAGGGACCACAAACUGUGGCCUUCUGCCAGCAUCACUCACUGAUUUCUCGGAGCGUCGGAAACAAUCUCAAGCUUCUAUUGCGUAUUCGCCCUUACCUCCAACUGCUUCGUGAGUUGGUAGAUGACAUGGCUGCACAAGAUACGGUAGUGCGUUCGUGGUACCGAAAGAGGCAGGAACUGCUAAAUGCAGAAUGCCCACUCGGAUCAAUUAUCGAUAAGCCGUCAGACACGUCAUAA